AGUGUGCUCCGGAUUAAAUUAUUAUUAUCACAACAUUUUUAUUUCUCUACCUUAAAAUAAAAAGAAACAUAUUAUAGAAAUAGCAGUUUUUUGGUAGUUGAGAAUUGAUGUGGUGGUAGAAGCGUGCAAUGAGGAAACCAUUCGUUCUACUUUUCCUAGUAGCGCUUACAAAUGCAGUAUCUGGGAGAUGGACUGGUGAUGCAUUUGGGCAAACUAAGUGUAGAAACACUCAAUUUCGCAAAAACAGAAAUGAACUUUUCCAUUAUACUGGAAUAGUUGAAAAUGGCAUUAUGGGAACUACGAAUAAUGUGACUAAAAUGAAAAUUACAGCAAAAGUUCAGAUUGUAAAUUGGAACAGCUGCGAUUUUCACCUAAAGGUAACAGAUGCAAAGAUAUACGAAUCACUUGGCUCAUCUAAAGACAACUACAAUGAAUUAAAAUCAGAUGAUUUGGUAAAACGAUUAAGUAGCCAUGCCUUGCGUUUUGUUAUGCAAAAUGGAGUUAUCACUCAUGUUAGUCCUUCAGUAAAAUCAACACAAACUGAUGUGUUGAACAUUCAGCGAGGUAUCUUGAGUAUGAUACAGGUGCGCCAAGUAAAAGAUGAAAUGCUUGAAGUGACAGAACAUGAUGUAUCCGGUAUCUGCCAGACCAAGUAUGUUCGUGAUUACAAGACUGGGCAUGGUAUAGUAGAUGAUCAAGUUGAGCACAUUGAUAAAAUAAAAGAUUUAGACACUUGUAAAGGUCAUCAAAUUUCACAUUCAAAUAUUUAUGGUGAUUCUUUUGAUGAAGGUGAAGAAGGAGUCCCCAAGAACCCAGUACUUAAAUCUACUUCUGUGUGUUCCUACAAAUUGAACAAAAAGAAGAGAGUUGGUCUGAAGGAUGUUAUAUGUAAAGAAUAUUUUCUUGUCCAACCUUUUUCUUCCGAAACUGAAGGAGGUGCCUAUGUUCGCAGUUGGAGUGAGCUUUCCCGCAAGUCUUCCACAAAAAUAAACAAGCAGCAAAUACCGUAUAAAGAAAUGUAUUCCACAGCAAUAAUGUAUGAUCACAACCAUCAACAUGUUACACCCUACAUAUCUUCUUUUAAAACAAAAGUUAAAGAGUUGUUAAACAAUUUAGCAACCAAUGAUUAUCACAAAAGUAACUUCAAUACAGCUGAAAACUUUUUUGACCUGGUGCUUUCCUUCAGACAUCUGAGCAGUGAAGAUAUAGCUAGCAUUGUUUAUACUAUGGACAUUAAAAAGGAAGCAGUUAGAUUCUAUUUAUUUGAUGCUAUGGCUCAGUGUGGCACUCCAAGUUGUAUGGGAGUUUUAUUUAAAAUAAUGAAGGAAAAAAACUUGCAAAGUGAAGCCUUUCGUUUCAUGCCAUAUCUUGCAUUUAUCAAAGAACCCACUCCUGAAGUUAUUCGUUUAUUAACGGGUAUUUACCAGCAAACAAGAAAACCUUCAGUUCUCCUCUUGUUGACAUCAUUGAUUUACAGGAUGUGUCAACAUCGCAAUGGUGAAUGCGAUCAAACUGGAAUGAUAGGAAAGGUUGUGGAAGAUUCAGAAUAUUAUAUACUUCGACUGCUUGGAAAUGAUUGUCAAACACAUGACUUUGAAAAACAACAAAAUAUUUUUUAUUCAUUAAGAAGUAUUGGAAACAUGGGUAGGCCCACGAAAGCCAUAGCAUUGAUUAUGGAUUGCGUUAAAAAUGCUCACCACACAAAUAUAAGUGUUGCAGCCAUUCAAGCUCUUCGAAGGAUGAAAAUUACAUCUGAUGUAAAAGGUACCUUUUAUGAGAUCCUUACUGAUAAAAGUGAGGAAUUAGAGAAAAGAAUCGAAAUAUUUUUAAUGUUGAUGAAAUCACCAACAAGAACAGAUGUUAUCUUGGCAAGAGACCUAGCAAAUGACGAACAAGAAUCAAGUCAAAUGAGGUCAUUGAUCAAUUCAUAUUUACGCAGUGCCACAAAGAACAAAGAUCCAACUAAGAAGAAAAUAACAGCUCUUAUUACAAAGAUUUUGAAAGAAUAUCCAUUGACAGAGUAUGAUCCUUCACCUGCCAGAUAUUCAAAAGCAUUCUUGCACUCAUUGAAUUUAUAUAAGCAUGCUGCCACUGUUGAUGGUAUGGUUUUAUUCCACCCUGAAAGUUUUGUGCCACGAACAGUUAAUCUGAACGUAUCAACCCACAUGUUUGGCUUUUCUGUCAAUCCUUUGCAAUUAAAUGCAAGAAUGGAAGGUCUAGAAAUGCUAUUGGGAAAGUAUUUUGCAGGGAAUGGGUAUUUAAGUAGCUCAUAUCUUAAAAAGAUAUUCAAAAUCCCUGAAGAGAAAUUAUCUAGAAGAAGAAGAGAUGUUGAUGAAGACAAUUUAUACAAAAAUAUAGAUGAAAAAGUAAACAUGAAGUUAUCUUCCCCACAAGCUUUACUGUCAUUAAAAGUAUUUGGAAAUGAAAUACAAAUGUUUACACUGGAGGAUAUACCGUUUUUAAAUGGAAAACUAGACAACUUAAAUAUAAUCAAGGAACUGUAUGACUUAACAAAAGGAAAACAAAGAACAUUUAAAAGAAACAUAAUUAUUCUGGAAGUUUCACAUUCUGUUCCAACAAUCCUUGGUUUACCACUGAAAAUAGGUGUCAACAGUUCGGCUGUCGUUACUACAGAUGUUAAAGGACGUGUUGUUACUAAGAAUUUGUUGUUUGGUCCAAAGAGUGUGACCAUGCAUGGCUCUUUAAAUCCGAGUGUAUCAAUUCAUGCUUCUGGAAAGUUAACAGUUGAAUGUCUUGGUGUUGGUAAGAUUGGAACGUCAUUUCAUGCAAAUAUGCUCACAACAAGAAAAUUGCAUGGAAAACUUGACUACAAUGAAGGCAAAGAAAUCAAAGUGGACUUAAAUGCAGAUAAAAGUAUAACAGAUGUAUUUAAUGUUAGUUAUGACGUUUUUCACCUGACAACACAACAGAAGGAACCAAUAAAUGCAAUUGCUAAGAUGACAGAGGGUUCUUUUUGUUCAGAGGAUAUCUUUAACAGCUCAUUUAUGUUUGGAUCGAAUACUUGCAUGGAUGUGAGUUUCCCUAAUGCAUACUACAAUCUUAGCAGUCCUUAUUUCCCAUUGACUGGCCCUCUGCAUGUUGGUAUCCGAAGCUAUCCGACAGAUCCUUUAUUAAAGACGUAUCGUCUUAGUAUUACGAAUGAUGGUGGGCUAUAUGCAAUCAGUGUUAGUACUCCAGGUGCCACGAGUGAAAGAAAACACACGAUACGAUUAGGAAUAACCAAGCAGGAUGAUAAAGGUGUUAUUGGCGUAUCCUUUGGUGAAAAACGAAAAGGAAUUGUUUUAACUUACAACUUUAAUAAAAAAACCAAUGAAAUUGAUACAACAUUGAGAUCAAAUUUCACCAAGACACCCAUAUCUGUAUUUGGAAAAUUCUUCAACGAGACCAAUCCAUCAACAUUAAAUCGGAAUGUUGGGGGAGCAUUUUAUUUUGCACUAGGCAAAUAUUACAUGAAGCAUAAAAUCUUUUACAAGAAUACGUAUGAAUAUUGGGCUCUAGGCACUCAAUUGGAAUACACUCCUGGUCAAAUUGCAAGCUUAGAUGUGAAGAUACAGUAUAAACCACAGUUCUUUCACUUGAAUUUCACACAUGCACCAACUAAUACACAGAUUCUAGCAACUGCACUGCCAUCUUUGCCAGUACUCGAAGGUAGAAUCAACAUUACACAUGGCAACUCAGUGAAUGUAAAAACGUUUGGUAGAAUAGACAUUUUAAAAUAUGAAGUGCUUGGUGAUGUUUCUAUUCAGCCUGACCAUCAUGUUCAAGCAGAUGGAAAAUGGAUACCAAAAGAAAAACGAGUGUUUUUAAACGGAAAUAUAAAUGGUGUAACACUUCGAUGGGAUGCAGGAUUAAAGUACGAGAAAAAAUCAAAUGUUCUUACAAAUACACUCCAAGUAUUCAAUAAAAAGUUAGAAAACUCAAUUUACUGGAGCCGCAACAAAGUUCAUGCAUCACUUUCAUUUAACAAUCAACUUUCUACCUUUGAUGUUCUUUGGAAUCGAUCCAAUUCACAUAUAACUGUUGAUAGUCGUAUAAACAUGAAUGGACAGAAGAGUAGUUUAAAAUUACAGUUAAGAAACAGCUCAACUUUACACAAAGGUUGUAUAACUGGAAACAUGCUUGGCAUAACAGAGUUGGGAUAUUGUCUUCAAGUUGAUCAUCAACCUUCCAAAAAAGGAAUAAUGUUUAACGUGCUGAUGCCAGAAGGUAACUGGAUAUCCCCAAUAAAAUUAAUGAGAACAACAAACUCAAGUGGUUUUGUGUUAACUUUAAAGUUUAUGGAAAUGAUUAAUCUUAUGUAUGGUGAAAAUGCGAACACACUCCGUCUGAAACUUCAGGGAUUUGGAUUGGGUUUGGACAUGAAAAAGUCUAAAGACAGUUUUGAUGUUAACGAAUUGAAGUUAACUCGACGUAAUGAUACAGGGGAUUUGGUUUUUGAUUUUUUCGGCAGUUAUCAUAAAUCGUUAGUGGAUCAAGAAUAUAUGUACAAAGCGAAAUACAAUAUGCAGUUUUGGAUUGAGCUUCGCAGAAAAAAUACGGAUAUAAUUUUAUCAAUUUUGGAUAAAAGUGGUGUUAUCCAGCAUUCAGUGGUGUUGAGGUCCAGCAAAACAGCGACUGCUCCUCCAGCGAAAAACGUUGUGUAUAUUGACUGGAAUAAAAACACGAAUCAAGUCUCAAAUUUUGAAAUAUUUCUUGACAAAGUUGGUUGGUUCCAAAUUACUGGAGCGGUUAAAAAUGGACUCAGACAAGUUAUCAUUAACAGUAAACCAUUUGGAGCACAGAAUUCCAAAGAUCAGAAAAUGACAGUUUUGACAUUCGACGAGUCUGGAAAUGUUAAAUAUCAAAUUAUGCUUGAUAAUCCAAUGUUGAAAGAACUAACAACAUUGUUGCAACCUAGUGUCAAUGAAAUCACAGGUAAUACUGAACGCUAUAUUGCUUCUGGGUUAAAAACAUUUUUUGGUGGCUUAUUGAAACUGGAGACAGGAAAGGUUGAUCGAUUGACUAUAUUUUUGACGAAAGGUAUGAAGGACUAUUUUUCAGUGUUACAUUGCAAUAGAAAUGAAAUUCAGGAGAGAUAUAUUGAAAAGAAAAUUACCAAAGAAACCAUUAUCAGAGCUGUGCUAAGAACAUUGGAAUUACCUUUUUCAAAUGAAUUCCAAACGAUGUUCAAGAACCAAACAGGAUUUGGCAUUGGUUUUAACGUGUCUCAGCAAGCUACCAAUGCAUUUAAAGCGAAAAACUUACUGUCAUUUUUUGACCGAAUGAUCAGAAAUGAAUUGAAAACUACUGUUCCGAAGAAAUACAGCAAAGUGUUUCCUGGCAAAUCGAACACUCGAAGAUUGAAUAUUUUCGAAAAAGAAUAUUUAGUUUACCUGCAAAAGUUUAUCAAUUUACUUCAAGCCUCAUACGGUGAAGAGUUGAAGGACAUUCGUGUGAAGCAGGGCAUGACUAAUCUAACGAAAUAUCUACCGACAAAGUAUAAAAAUAAACUGGUCUCUGUUAUUCAACAUAUUGUACGUGUACUAAAAACAUGGCGAUAUGAUUCUAGAAAGUCUCCGCUCGAUAACAUUAAAGACCUUCAAGCGAAAAUUAAUCAAGGCAAAAUCGAUAAAAUAUUUGAAAUUGAUUACCUUACUGUUGUUUCAAAAAGCAUCCUAGCACGAAGUAGGUUUCCUGUCUCUGUGGAACGUGCUUUUAAAUUGUUUUUUGAAGAUUUUAAUUAUGUCAAUUUCAUAACACGCUUGAGUAGAUUCGCUUUACAAACGUAUCGAGUGACUGGUUCUCAUCAGAGACAUAUCCAACAACUGCUUAAUUCAAAGUCGAUUCCUGAUUACUUUCAAACGUUAGCAACACUUAUUACCACCAGAGGUCGUUUGGGUCCAGCAAGAACAAAACCUUUUAAAGAAUUCCUUAAAACUAGAAAAAUAAAAGAAUUAUUUACAGCGUUGUUAAAACUUUUAAAAGAGCGUCAUCAAGUUUCUGACACCGGUAUCGCCAUGUUGGAAACGAUGUUGUUGCAUGAAGAUUCUGUAAAUGGAAUUCCAGCUCUGUUUGAAAGAAACUUUGUACCUGCAAUUUUAAAAAAAAUUGUUUUGCGAAUUAAAGAAGAACCAGGGAAUGAAGUUAUUUUUAAACUUUUAAGUCUUUUAAAUUCCAACAUGUCUGACUUUACAGGUGAGUUAAGAAACGUUCUUUCUGAAAACAAUUCACUUCAAGACAGCAUCUUACUCAUGUAUAAACUCGUCUUAAAAGCAUCAAAACAGCACGUUGGAGGAGAGUACAAAUAUGCCAGGACUGUGGAACGCCUAUUUACAAAAUUUGUCGAACUAUCUCUUCAAAAAACAGAUAUAGCAGAUGAGAUCAAGAAAAUAACGUUAUUGUAUUUUGAUUCCCUGGUUGCACAACUUAAACUCACUCUUCCUAAAAAUUGGUAUGGACGAUUUGAAUAUCUAUCUAAGAACGUUCGAUCACAUAUUACAAAGAUAGCACCAGAAGAAUUAAAACGAAAUGCAACAGACGAGUUCCUGAAAGUUUUUUCGAAUAUGCAUGAUGAUGCAAUGAAAUCGCUACCACAUGAAAUGAUGGCAUUUGUGCAGACAGAUUUGAUUGGUUAUCUAAAAAACAUUGCUUCACGAUAUCAAAUACACAAUGGGACAGCUGGAACUCUGUAUGCAAGAACAUGGAAAAAACACAAUGAAUACAUGCUGUUUUUGAUCAGACUCUUCGGACAAUUUUCUCAGUCGGAAAGAAAUGCCUUCGCUGAAAAGUUUGUGAAAAAUGGAAAGAUACAAUACUACAAGAUCUAUCAAUCAAUAUGGCAAAAUAAGUUGGUUAACCGAGACAACAUGGAGCAAGUCUCGAAAUUAUUUGAUGGAUUGGAAAUUCGCGCGUUUGAGGAGAUUUUAAAGUUUACAGGGAACUAUUCGAUGGUUGCAACAGUAAAUAAUGUUUUCAAUUACAUCAAAUCUUUAAAUUAUUCCGACAUCAAUAGUGUCAUCGAAAGUUACAGAAACAUUGACGUAGCAAACUUUCAAAACCUCACAAUUUCCGCGCUGCAACACAACUUCAAAACUCUGUUGGAAGACAUUGGAAAGAUAAAGCAUGACGGGAAAUCUAUCGAUGAUCUUGUUUAUCAAUCCAUACCUAACUUUAUCGCAGUAACUUCAAAAAUGUUUCAUAUUUACAACUCGAGUUACCACAUGUAUUUGUACCAACUCGACAUGCAGGAAAAACUUUUUGAAAGAGGUUUCCAGUUGAUGAGCGACUACGUGAAGCAAGCACAGCAAGGCAAAAAUCAAUUUUUGUCGUUCAUGUUAGAAGUUUUAACACCAGGAAUAGAUGGACUAUUUUUGUUAGCUCAAAAAAGAAGAAUGGUAAAGAAUAAGCAGUCGUUUUUGUCAGGAUCUAAGGACAGAUGUACGCAAAUCUUUUUAAUACAACAACAAGCCACGCCGGACUCUGUGAACGAUGAGUUGGACACGAUGCUAAAGCAAUAUUUGAAUUCUUCGCAAUGUGACGUCAUCAACUUUUUCGACGAUGUUCAAAAAACUAACAAGGACAAGUUUUUCUUGGGCAAAGUUCUUGAGAAAGUUCGAAAAAUAACCAGAAAGAUGUAUGCGGAGAACAGGAAAGAAGCAUCGACUUAUCUUCAAAUGGCCACACAGAUUUUAAAAGGAACCAAGAUAUUUGCCAAAGAAAGACCAGUAAACACUUUACAAAAGUUAGUGUUUCACAUGGGGUCCAGAUUUUCAACUGCUGUGAGAGACCUCACAGUGUUUAGGCGAAUAAAACGUGUCAUAAAAAGAUCGAUCAGUCUGGAUGAUUUAGACAUGAAAAUGAUCGUGAAAAAAUAUGUGACAAAACAACUGAAGAAUGCUUUACCGCGUGUUUCAAUCAAACGGAUAAACACACUUGCUCGAAAUUAUAUCACUUCCACAGUAAGAAUUAUCAACACGCAUGCGCAAAACACGUCACGGAUGAUAUUAAAAGGAAUUGAUGACGUCAAAACGCCCCUAUCUGGUUUUAAAUUCGUGAUAGACCCUAAGGGAUAUCUGAAGUCUUUGCCUAAAAUCCUGCUCAAAAUGUUAGGGGAUAAUAUUUUGAAAAAUAAGCAAGAAAUGUUAUCUAAUUUAUAUCUAGUGGAAAAAAAACUUCGACGGCUGUAUGCUGAUGUUAAAAACAUGCUAGAAAAACAUAAAAGUUUACCGAAAGAACUGGCUGUUAAAAUCCGUACAUCUUAUAAAAAAGUUACUUCCCAAUUGCUCGAUACGAUUCUGAAACACGUGGAAAAAUAUGACAAAACAGUCAAUGAUAACAUCAAAGCACUGGGUGUAACAGGUCAAGGUAAAUUGAAGCAAAGAUUUGCUCUGUUAUCCAAACAAACAAAAACUUUAAGAAACAAGUACAAUGGUGUUCAACUCAAAUUCAUCAAGGAUCUUAAGAGAAACGUGUCGCUGUUAUUGAAUAAUGACAGAUUUAAAAGGAUUGGAAAUUCUUUUGGGUUUGAUAAAAAUGAUACUCGUUUGAAAGAUUUGAGAAAGACAAUUAGACAUACUCAAUCAAGUUUAGAACAGAUCAUAGCGAAGGCGAUAUAUCCACAAAUUCAGAUUCUUGCUACUGCAAUUGAUAAAACUGUCUGUGACAUCAAGACAAAUACGAGCAAAGUCUACACAAAAGAAAAUAAUAUCCCUACAUUAUCAUGGAAGAUGCCGAAGUUAAAUGAAGUCCUGAAGGAGCAAGCUAAGUUGCAGAGAAAUGUAAUGAAGAUAGUCGAAAGUUACAACAAACGGUUGAAUCUGAUAAUUCAGCAAUUCGAAGCGAUAACAAAUUACGACUUUCUGAAACCACUGCACGACAAAUACGCAAAACAAACAUCAUUGCAGUUGUUCGAUCAAUUAAAAGGUAUAAGCAAGAAGCAAACCAACGAUUUUUUCACUGGUGACCAAAUGUUUCAGUAUUAUGCAGACCAGAGACCUGAUGACAUUGUGGAACAAGCGCUCCUAAAAUACCAAGACCAUAUCAAGAAGAUUGCGUUGCAAGUCAACAAAGCCAUUAAAAUCUCACCUUCGACUGGCUUUGAGAAGCCGAUAAUUAAAUUUUUAGGACUGCAAUAUAAAGAGCCGAAAUACAUUUUGCAGCCUAUCUCCAGGACAGCUUAUAUCUUUCAUGAUAGCUUAGUUACGUAUGAUGGAAAAGCAAUUUUCCUUCCGAAAAAUUUACACCACAAACUGCGAAACUGUAAAUAUCUUUUAACACGUGACUUUAUGUGGAAGAAAUUUACAAUUUAUCUGAAAGGUGGAGAUUUGGUUGUUGAACUGGACGAUGGAAAAGUUAUUAUUGAAAGAUAUAACAAGAAUAAGGUUCAUGUGUACCUUAAACGUCCUCCUCACAACAAGCUCGUGAACGCACAAGAAUUGCCAGUACAAAUGAAACACACUACUGUGUCUAAAUUACCGAACAUGGUCAAGAUUGACAAUGAGUUUGGAUUACUUAUUUACUGCAGACUUGAUGUGUUUAAUUGCAACGUCACUGUAUCUGGACAUCAUCACAAUAAAACUCUAGGUUUACUUGGUACAAACAAUGUUGAAGCAUCUGAUGAUUUGAGAAUGCCAGAUGGUAAGCUUGCUCUCAAUCUGUUGGAUUUCCUAAAUGCUUACCAGCUGACGACUGGUCGUAGCGAGUGUGUUAUAGAGAAUGCUGAAGAAGUAUUUGGAGAUGAAAGUGAAGAUUUAAAAAGAGAAGAAAAACUGGAAAAAUGUACCAAGUUAAUGAACAGCAUCACGUCAAAGCAAUUAUUCACGGAUAUAUCAAUGCGUUCAUCAGCUUUUAUGACGGUUUGUUCAGUUGAAAAGACAUGUCCCGCAGUAUCAGCGUUAUCCAGCAGUUUGAAGAUGGAGGGAGAGAUUGUGUCUGUUCCUCCACAGUGUGAAGUGUGCAAAGAGAAACCAAUUAAAAUGCGUUUUAACAAAACACCUCGUUCCAAGGUUGUAAUAACUUUGUUAAUCAAACUCACACCAAAGAUGAAAAACGCAAGAGACAGUAUUAAGCGAGUCUUGCGACUCCUAAAAAUAGAGCUGGGAAGAACGAAUCAGGUGGAGUAUAAUAUUGUUGGUUAUGGAGGAUCCAGAAUGAGGCAACAGCCUCACCUUCAAACUGGUGGCGGGAAUGUGUUCAUGAGUGCUGACAGUGCAAUACAAGCUUUGGAUUAUUUGAAAUUUGAUGGAAACGAGACUGCACAAAGACUUGGUUUUGAUGCUUUGAAAUUCGCCGGCUUACUUGAAGUAUCUCGAAGCAUUCGAUUAUUUUUUAUCUUUGAUGACGAUGCGAGUUACACUAACUCGCUGCAACAAAUGAUUGACGUCUACGCGAUUUUAAACACACGAAGUAUUGUGCUGAACGCUGUCAACAAUUACAAGUUCAAACGCAAUGUAAUUGGCAAGGAUAGUUUUGGAAUGCGAUAUCACGCACGACUCGCGAAAGGCGAAAGCUUCAAUUCUAUCCGUUUCCCUCCCCCGGAUGAUUACCUGCCGCUGGUCAAACAGACGCGUGGUGGAGUGUUCGCGCUAAAAGCCUUUGUAUCAAAACAAUCAAGAUGGCAGAAGGCGCUUCCAGUCUCCCUCUCCAAAGCAAUCAAAUUGCAGAUUGACGGAGAGCGAAAAAGUUGCAAGGAGUGUAAAUGCAACGUUUGUAAAAAUAAGGCGAAAGAAAUAUGUGAUUUUGGUUUAUGAAGAAAAAGAAAGAAGACAAACAGAUUUUAUUUUGUGUAACAAAUUUAUUUUUAUGGUAACACAUACAUUUUUAUAGCUUCAAA